CCGUCCGUGCUCAGUUGUUGUUUGGGUUUCGUACGGCCAGUACACAUCGACUCGCCGUACUCGAGCGAUAUCUUCCAGAGGGAAAUUCAAUAUUUCGUUCUCAUCUGUCUGCGUUUGAGCUCUGAAGUUUUUCUCACCUUCCGAUUGUUCGAAGUAAAGUACUGAAAUAUCAGACUAUCGAUUGGCAAACGAGGACGACGGGUGGCUUUUCUUGGAUUCUCACUGCGCCGAAAUAACCAACGCGCUCAUCAAUUUCGUGGCAGUUCUCAGCGGACCUGUGACCGACUGGGGCGAUUUUACGCUUUCACAAAAUAUGGGAAUAUUUCGGGAAUUUCCCAUAGUUUUCAAUCUCUACAAAAAGUACAGUUAGAGACGGAGCAACCCUCGUUUCGACGUCGCUGUUUUCUUCUCACUUUCCUUCAUUUCGGCUACCCUAAGCAUUAUUCUACACGUGAAAAAAAUCGUACAGAUUAUGGGAAGCCGUUGCUGUUGGAGGAAAGAAGAAGACGUGCAAGGAAAGAGCGCUAAUUCCUGAAGAAACCAGACGAACACAUCGUAGCAGACUUUAUUAUCCCGGGAAUUCCGCGAAUACUGGAACUCGAAAACCUCCAGGGAAGGGAGUCGUCCAAGGAAAAAUAAUAGUGACAGCGUUCCGUGCUAUUUUUCACGGGGAAUAAAGCAGCCCGAGAAUCCAUUCCUACCGCAAAACCUGUUCAACGUAAACCAGCCGGUCGAUCGACUCGUUGACUCAAACCGAGAUUGGCAACCCUCCACCAUGACGAGCGUCUCAGCAAUCAUGGAAAAACAAGAAAUCUUCGAGGCAAAGACAACUCUCGUUCGCCGGGUUUCCGAUUUGUUUAAAGCCGAUGGAAACUCGAGCGUGUCACCUCUGCUGUUGAAUCACACAUCGAUGCAGAAACUACGUCACUGUUGUCAAAGUUUAAAUCUCUUCCCGAGCAUGCUGUACUCGUUUGACCAAAGAAAGGGACAGCUAAUUCCAAUGUCAAAGGUGAAUUUAGCGAUUCUGAUGAGCAGAAUAGCGGAGAGAAUAUACCGAGUUUAUUCGAGUUUAAUAUUCACGAUAAUACGAGGUCUCGGUCUCAAGUCGAUGAAAUCGAGCGUAAUUGUCCAGAAUACUGAUAAACUCAUAAAGCCCAUUGUCCCGAAGAGUUUAUCGGAAAGUAAAGCAGAUUCGAGUGUAGCGUCGCGCCAGAAUGAGCCAAAAUUCAAAAAGUUCGUCGUACAAAAGCCGAAGAGCAAUCCAUUAUUUUUCAAACUCGCCGUUUACCUGGCGCCACUUUUUUUAGCAUUUAAAUUAAUCGGAUUAUUCACUCUGAUGAUUCUGAGCGAGGUCUCACCGGGCUUCGUCUUCCUCUUUACGGCGCUCGUGUUGCUCGGUUGCAUAUCGAUGAAGAUCUUGAAACACGACGUUACGGCGGUCCAAACUUUGAAGCACGACAAGCGAAAAGAUGAUUGAGCGACUCCAUCGACCGCAAAUUCAUAAUCGAUUCGUUCAACAGUUCAUCAAGUAUCGUUCAUUCUCGAUUUCCUUUUCAUUUUUUUUAACGCCCAUAGAUAAGCCUCCGUUAGCUGUAAGAAAAGUAGCUGCUAAGUUUGCUCCCAACACCGUCGCGUUAUCGCUCGCGUUUGUACUCCGGCGGAUGGUGUUACGAGAAUAUUUCAGUUCGCUCGAAAACGGACAUUUAUCAUUAGUCGUCUUUCCCUUUCGUGAUUUGUCGAUGAAAUUUUCAUUUGCGACUAUAAAACACGAACAUCCUUUCGUUUACAAUCAUCGCGUGGUUUAACAAAGUCUUUUUUACUCUUAGAUUAAGUGAUCCUGAUGUUACAAAGGCUGUGAGUUAUUGGUUAGAGAAUGAAAAUGAACUUUCUGGAAUUUCGGCUGGUUACCAUAUUUCGAUCGAUAGAAUAUUUUCCGUUUUUUCGUAAUUAGUUCAGGAAAUCUAAUUCAUAUUGUCCUGCAGGAAGGAUUGGCCAUUUCGGCUCGCAUACUCGCUCGAGAAAACUCUUGUCGAAGUUACAUUCCUUUGCUUUUUUCUUUCACGAUGUCCUGAACCACUAAAUCGCUUUGUAACAUCACGAUAUUAAUGUUAUGGCAGUUGAAUUUCAACAAAACUCAAUCUACCUUAAUAACUAGUGUGUCGCGAUUAUUACGUGUUUGGUGAGCGUGUGCGCGCUCUCUGAUCGGAUUGCUUCACCGAUUGCCUAGCAUUCGUCAUUAAGGUCAUAUACGUUCGACUGUCGAAUAAUAAAGUGAUAAAAUUUCCGAAACCAAAGGCGAUCGUUCUCGUUGGGAAUGUCGGAGGGGCCAACGGCAAACAGAUAAUGUUGAGCCCUCGCAAGACUACAGUUCAUUCGCGACAGUUGAAUAUUAAACAUAUUAUCGGAGCAUGGAAUAAAGGAUAAAGUCAAAUCAUCGGAGACGCACACACGCGUUUAUGGAUAUUUUAACGUGCUCGAUGGACAUUAACGAUGAACCGCAACAACAAAAAAGCAUCGACUCGCUUCGUACAACAGUUUAUUCAUUUCGGUGACAAAACGAAUGUUAUAUUUAUAGUGUGUUUACGUACAUAUAUGCUCACAAACAUAUUUAUGUACGAAUACACGGGCUUAACACUCAUCCUCGUCCGAGAUAUUGCGACGGGCUAAACUUAUACUUAUCCUGUGCAAAUAAAGACUGAAACAAUUGUUUAAAUUAAUUCGUUUGUAAAUAUAAGAGUUUGAAGAAUCAGCUUGAAUACGAAGAAUGAAGGUUAUUCUUGAAAUAAAUGAAAAAUCAAAAACUUC